AUGAGCGGUACCAAACCUGAUAUAUUGUGGGCACCACACCAGGUUGAUAGAUUUGUUGUAUGUGACUCAGAACUGAGCCUUUAUCAUGUGGAAUCUACUGUGAAUUCAGAACUCAAAGCUGGAUCUUUACGUUUAUCUGAAGACUCUGCAGCUACCUUGCUAUCAAUAAAUUCAGAUACACCCUAUAUGAAAUGUGUUGCUUGGUACCUCAAUUAUGAUCCUGAAUGUCUCCUAGCCGUUGGACAAGCAAAUGGUCGAGUUGUACUCACAAGUCUUGGUCAAGAUCACAACUCAAAGUUCAGAGAUUUGAUAGGAAAAGAAUUUGUUCCAAAGCAUGCACGACAAUGCAAUACCCUUGCAUGGAAUCCGUUGGAUAGUAACUGGCUUGCUGCUGGUCUGGAUAAACAUAGAGCUGAUUUUUCAGUGCUGAUUUGGGAUAUCUGCAGCAAAUAUACUCCUGAUAUAAUCCCCAUGGAGAAAGUGAGACUUUCAGCAGGUGAAACUGAAACAACAUUAUUAGUAACAAAACCGCUUUAUGAAUUAGGACAGAAUGAUGCUUGUCUCUCUCUUUGUUGGCUUCCACGGGACCAGAAACUUCUCCUCGCUGGUAUGCAUCGUAACCUAGCCAUAUUUGAUCUUCGGAAUACAAGCCAAAAGAUGUUUGUAAAUACAAAAGCUGUUCAGGGGGUGACAGUAGACCCAUACUUCCAUGAUCGUGUUGCUUCCUUCUAUGAAGGUCAGGUUGCAAUAUGGGAUCUUAGGAAAUUUGAGAAGCCAGUUUUGACUUUGACUGAGCAACCAAAACCCUUAACAAAAGUUGCCUGGUGUCCAACUAGGACUGGUCUGCUUGCCACUUUAACAAGGGAUAGUAAUAUUAUUAGAUUGUAUGAUAUGCAACAUACACCCACUCCCAUUGGGGAUGAAACUGAACCCACAAUAAUUGAAAGAAGUGUGCAACCGUGUGACAAUUACAUUGCUUCCUUUGCUUGGCAUCCAACAAGUCAAAAUCGAAUGAUAGUUGUAACUCCCAACCGAACAAUGUCUGACUUCACUGUUUUUGAAAGGAUAUCUCUUGCCUGGAGCCCAAUUACAUCUUUAAUGUGGGCUUGUGGUCGUCAUUUGUAUGAAUGUACAGAAGAAGAAAAUGAUAAUUCUUUAGAAAAAGAUAUAGCAACUAAGAUGCGCCUUCGGGCUUUAUCAAGGUACGGACUUGAUACAGAACAAGUGUGGAGAAACCAUAUUUUAGCUGGAAAUGAAGAUCCACAGCUCAAGUCACUCUGGUAUACUCUGCACUAUAUCCUUUGUGUUGUGAAUUUUCAGAUGAAUCAGAUAGAAAUGUUCUUGAAGUUUGUGGAAAGGUCAGUCUGUAAAUAUACUGAAUGUCUUAUAUGCAAAUACAAGUUAUAUAAUGCUAAAUUACAAACUAAAAUUGUUUAA